CCGAGAGCUGGGGAGCCAGCGAGGCUGCGGUGGCUCCUGCCGGGAGACCUCCUGAAGGCGUACAUACAUUUAAUCCCGCCAAAAAAUACCCUGCCUCACUCUCCGUGUGGUGUCCCCUGAAUUUUACAAACGCCACAGGAACCUUUGCUAAACGAAAUGAAACACAAUCUGGUGUGUCAGACACCUCCCACUGUCACAGUUCAUGUAAAACCGAGUGCAUCCAGAUCAUACCAGCAAAAAAAACUUACUAGACUAAAGCGACCUGCUUUUAAAGACCAUCAAGAAAAUUGUGAAAAAGGGGUUCCUAGUCAGAAAUAUAAAUGUUCAAAGGGACCAUGUCUAGUUAUUCAGCGUCAGGAAAUGACAGCUUUCUUUAAAUUAUUUGAUGAUGAUCUAAUCCAAGACUUCCUUUGGAUGGACUGUUGCUGUGAAAUUGCAGACAAGUAUCUCUUGGCAAUGACUUUCGUUUAUUUCAAGAGAGCUGACUUCACACCAAGUGAGCAUACCAGAAUCAAUUUCUUUGUGGCUCUGUAUCUGGCAAACACAGUUGAAGAAGACAAUGAAGAAGCAAAGUAUGACAUUUUCCCAUGGGCUUUGGGCAAAGCCUGGAGAAAGCUCUUCCCUGAUUUCUUAAAGUUAAGAGAUCAACUUUGGAGUAGAAUUGACUACAGGGCUAUUGUAAGCAGACGCUGCUGUGAAGAGGUGAUGGCCAUCGCUCCAACACAUUACAUCUGGCAGCGGGAGCGCUCCGUGCACCACAGCGGAGCUCUGAGGAGUUCCGGCGAUCAGGUGCAGCUGCCCCGAGGGCCCAGCGCUACUCCGACAGACUGCCUGCUGUGCGGGAAGAAAGGCAGGUUCGUACGGCUCGGAUUAUCCUCCUCCUCCUCAUCUACCGACACUCUGGAGAUGAUGGACUUGCACUCAUCCCAGAAAUCCAGGGACACCUUUUCUACCGAAAAAAUGCUCAUCGACUCUCCUUCUUAUAAAGGCCGAGACUGUCAGAGGCUGUCCAGCAAAAGGCAACCAUGUAGCACCCUGGAUCAAGAUAAGUCUAUGGACUGGUUUACAAGCAAUGGAGAAUGAAAUGCACCUGAUAAGACAGAAACAGAUACUGUGAUUUGCAGAACAGUCUGGGCUGCAUCACAACACCAGACAUGAUGAUUCACUUCAAAAUUUUCCCUUUACAUAGUGGGGUAGCAGUUGGUGUUUCAAACUUGAUGCGAGGUAGAAAUCAGAGCGGUCAGUACUUGAAAGUUACACAACUUGCAAAAUGUAGCAUCUACUUGGUUAUGUUUUAUUUCAUUCUGAUACAAUAUUCAGAUUAGCAGCUAAGGAGGCAGCAGCAUCAAGAAAGCAGUGGUCGAAACUUUCUCAGCUUGGUAAGGAACGCUAAUUAAAAAACAAAAGUUACUACUUUAGUAUUUCAAUACACAAUGAUUAUUUUAUUAUUAUAAGUUUAAUAGUUUCAUAAUAUAGGAAAAUAUCAAAUGCUAGUACAAAAAAAAAGUUUUUAUUUGAAAUAAAAAUACUAGUAAAUAUUUAAGAUAAACUUUUUCCAAGUGUCUCACCUGAAUGAGCUUCCUGCCAGUGGGAUGGUCGGGCAACGUAAGGUACUGAGUGGUUUGUUUCAGCAGCAUCACUGAGUGAUUCUGUGAGAAGAGCAUUUCUUUUUAUUUUAUGAAUUUAUUUUUUUUUUUGUUCCCACAAGUUUAAGACCUACAUACAGCCUAGAGUAGACAACGUACAUGUAAUGUUUUUCCCUGAUAUGUUUUCUUUUUUUUGUUAUCACCUAUCAUAUAUUCAGAAGUCUUGGCAUUUUGCAGAUCUAUACUGUAUACAUAUUUACACUUAUCAUAUAAAUAUAAUAUAUAUAUGGCAGCAUUUUUGGAUUUGCCAGAACAGCAUAGUUUUAAAACAGAGCUCACUGGCCACUGUUUCUGUUAAGGAAUCCUUAAGUCCAUCAGGGUGCUCUAAAGCAGCUUUGGGGUGAGUAUAAAGAACUGAAUCUUCUUAAAAAUCAAAAAUUUGAAGACAGUAAUUCUUUAUUUCAGAUUUAAAUUUAUUUUUUAUUUAGCCCAGGUUUUUAGUAGGAGAUUUAAACUUAAAUAACAAUUAAUAGUCUUCUUUAAACCUGACAAGGUCUAGGCUGUCUAAAACCUUGCCUAUUCUCAGCUGACCUAGGUAAAAACACUGCCUCUUCCUACACUGGGUUAUCAAAGUGCAGUAAUAGGGGACCUCAUCAGCAGCAAAGUCCUUACCAUUGUAUUCGCUCUCCUUAAGAACUGCUUGAUCCUGAAUAUGGAUUUCUUCAUACUCAUUUUGAAGUGGUUCUUCAAUAUUUUCUUGAGUUUCCACCAUUUGGCUUGAUUUGUAAUGCUUGAGUUUAGCAGGGAGUACUGUCCAGCUCCUGUGAGUUACCUCAAUUAUCCUUUCACACAAAAAAGGAAGCUUGCAGCUCCGUAUUCUGUCUAAAAGGUCAAUAACCUGUGUGAUGCUUUUGAAGAAAUGCAAAGGAUAAAGUAGUAUUUUGAAAACUCAUAUCACAAAAUUUCAGUUCUACUGACUUAGGCACAUUCUUUACCUUUGAGGUUACACGAAUCCUUGUUUUAGGUAAAGGAGCAACCUGAAUAUUGCGCUGGAGAACAGUGCAGUUACUUUGAGGAUGCCAAAAAGGCCAAACUUCACUGACCAGAAUGAGAACAUUCCCCAUGGAGAUGCCAAAGGAUUUGGCUGAGUGUAAUUUAUACAGAGUACAACUCCCAAAGAAAGUUACAUGGGGAAAAACCCAGCUUUGUUAACCAUUUCAUGAAUGCUGCAUGUGCAUUUCAGAAGAUGCUUGGUUUUGUACUGAGGCCAGGUAACGCCUGAAUAAAGGUGGCAGACAGAAAUACUCACUUUGCCAAGUACACAGCACACACCCCACCUUGCUUCAGGCUUGGGUGUACAACAGGCAGAGCACACUGAGGGUUCAGCAUAUCCAGAACGACCUGCAAGAGAAAGACACAUUAAUGCUUCCUGGGAGAACAUCUGUACAUCUACCAACGCAACACAGGACAGUGCUGGGGGAGAAAAGGUUAUGGAAAAGAGAUGCACACAACAGCAGUGUGUAAUCAUCCACCAGUUUUAUGACUGCCUCUCAAAACCUGAGGUGCACACUUACACAAAAUGAAGUCCUCUCUACUUCCAGAUUAAUUUCUGUUAAAACAGCAAGUAGUAUUUGACCAACUAAGUAGAUCCGUAGGAAGUUAAGCCUCCUAGUAAUUAAAUCCCAUAAUCCUGACAAUAAAAAAACUUUUAGAAGAUUACAUUUACUAACACAUUUGAAUACCUAUUUCUCAAAUGUGAAAAAAAAAAGAAAAAAGUUUGUUCAAAUGCAGAAGAACACAUUAUGGUCACAAUGUCUAACUUGCUGUGAGUUUCAAGAUUAAAAAUACUUCUUGUCUUUGGCAAGGCAUCUUCUUGCACCAUUUAAAAAAUUGCUAUUUGUUUAAAGCAUUUAGUAAGCAGUUGUAAGUAGUUUGUCAGCUUUACAGGGAAGAGUGCUUAACAUCUAGCUAUUUUCCCCAGCAUGACUCGUUUUUUAGGAAAUCUGGAUACAAAGAAGCAGGACAGGAGAGCAAGCCAUAGCAUUCUCUAAAUUAUGGUUAGUUACAUUGUGCAUUCUAUAUAGCUGAUAGCAAAGUGGUCAUAUAGUUGCAUAUUUAAUAAAGUUUUGUAUCCUUCUGAAAUUGAAUGCUUGAAAUAUGUAUCUCCUAAAAAUAUCAGUUCCUCAAAAAUACAAGAAAGCAAGUUGGUAUUUGCUUACAAGACAGCAGUAAUUAAUUGUAAUAUUUCUAUAGUACAGCUUUAUCACUCUUUCAUUUGACAACCUGUAACUGAAACCUUGAAAACAUUUGUAUCUGACAAAAACAUUACAAUGUUUCUUUCACUGAUGAGGACCUGCAUUGUUAUUUCUCAUGUUACACUAGAUAUGGGAAUCCCGUUGUGAGUGUGAACACUAGAGGUUCUAAUUAAUGGAGAAAAGAUAUGUGUCAAACGGGGGAGUUGUUUGGAUUCACUCACUGCAUCAAGUGUUACAGAUUUCAGAUCUGCAGCAGCUGUUGAAAUGUCUUUAAGAAUAAACUCCACGUUAUCUGGC